AUGGUAAGAAACAGUAAGGUCUGUGAUGAAGGCAAUUUUCUAGAAAGUAGGUCCGUAUUAGCAGCAAGCAAUAAAGAACAAUGUGAAGAGGCUAGUGGGUGCCGCAUAUGGGGCAGAUAUUGUGGGUUGUCUCGUAUUUAUGAAAACAAGCCGGAAACAACACAAUGGAGAGACCUCAUUGUGCUGGAAGGCAUUCGCGACCGCGCUACAUUUCAACUAGAAGAUUUCUGCAAACUCAAAAUCAGCAGAAUGGAAAGUUGGUUGGGUGAUGUCAAACGCGUGAAGAUUCCGCGGCCGAAAUUCGCUAGCAAGUACCCCGCGGAACCUCCAAAAGACUACUUGGAUGAACGUUCAGACUUAAGUGGUAAAGGAAGGCAUCACGUGAACAAAGAUAUAGCAAAAGCUACAGAAGAAUUGAGGCGAUCCUUACAAGAGAAACUAUGA